AAACUGGCCUACCUGCCAGCUCCUCUCCGCGCACAGCUUCUUCAAUUCCGCUGCCACCUCCAGCUCCACCGCAGCUCCACCACAGGCCAAGACCAUGGACGUCGGAGAGCACAAGCACAACUCCUCGCCCCAGGUGGGCGUGGUGCCCAACACCGACCCGGCGCUGGAUGUGUCCCACGAGCACGCCCACCAGCACCUGCACCACUCAGCGUUUGCAGAGAAGGGCCGCACCGACGAGAUCGUCUACUCCAAGGGCACUACCCAAGAGCCGCAGACGGUGCCUGAUGCGGACCCCAACGACGACUACCUGCGUCGUCGCCAUCAUGUCGCACCGGAGAAGGGCCAUCAUCCGGGUCAGGAGAAGGACAUCGAAGCAGGCAAUGUCGAGGAUGUCGAGGACAAGAACAGCUUGAGCCCCCGCGUUACCGAGGACCCCCAGAACCACCGCUUCGCGAAAUUCUACUCGCAAUGGAAGAUCGUCUUCCACGUGUUCCUGGGCAUGCUGUUUACCGGAUGGUGGAUUGCAAGCUUAAUCCUCCAUCGUCACAACAAGAACUGGAUCAUCCCAUUCCUCCUGUGGCUGGCCAUCAUGCUGCGACUGGUUUUCUUCUACGUGCCCAUCACCAUUGUGACAAAGCCAAUGCACUUCGUGUGGAAUAACACCAUGGCCCGACUUGUCUCCUUCAUCCCGGAGCGAAUGAGGAUACCCGGUGGCGCCCUUGGGACCAUUGCUGUCAUCAUUGUCGGCUCGUUCGCUAGCAAAGAGUCUGAGGACAACACCCGUGCCAAUCGUGCUGUCAGCUUGUUUGGCCUCGUCGUGUUCCUCUUCCUCUUCUGGGCUACCUCCAGGAACAGGAGCAAGAUUGUGUGGCACACCGUCAUCGUCGGCAUGCUCGUGCAGUUCAUCAUUGCGCUGUUUGUCCUGCGAACCAAGGCUGGUUACGACAUCUUCACAUUCGUUGCCACCCUGGCUCGCGAGCUCCUCGGUUUCGCUGAAGAUGGUGUGGUAUUCUUGACGGACGCAACGGUGCCUAAACUAGGCUGGUUCUUCACUGGUGUCGUUCCGGCCAUCAUUUUCUUCGUAUCCUUCGUCCAGCUGCUGUACUACUGGGGUGUGCUCCAAUGGUUCAUUGGCAAGUUCGCCGUCUUCUUCUUCUGGAGCAUGCGCGUGUCUGGUGCCGAGGCUGUUGUCGCGUCUGCCUCUCCUUUCAUCGGACAGGGAGAAUCCGCUAUGCUCAUCAAGCCGUUCGUUGCACAUCUCACCCAGGCAGAGCUGCACCAGGUCAUGGCUUCUGGGUUCGCCACCAUCUCCGGAAGUGUGCUGGUCGCAUAUAUUGGUCUCGGUAUCAAUCCCCAGGCUAUUAUCUCGUCUUGCGUGAUGAGUAUCCCCGCCUCCCUCGCCAUCAGCAAGCUCAGGUAUCCGGAAGAGGAAGAAACCCUCACCGCCGGCCGCGUCGUCAUUCCGGAUGACGACGAGCACCGUGCUGCCAACUCUCUCCAUGCGUUCGCCAACGGUGCGUGGUUGGGAUUGAAGAUUGGCGGCAUGAUUGUCGCCACCCUCCUGUGCAUCAUUGCCCUCCUCCAUCUCGUCGACGGCCUCCUCACCUGGUGGGGCCGCUACAUCAACCUCGACGGCGAGUACGAUCUGACUUUGGAACUCAUCCUCGGCUACGUCUGCUACCCGAUCGCCUUCUUGCUCGGUGUGUCCCGAGAACGCAAGGAUCUCCUCCUUGUCGGCCGUCUGAUCGGCAUCAAGGUCAUCGCCAACGAGUUCGUCGCCUUCAACAGCCUGCAGAACGACGUGGCCUACGCCACGCUCUCCUCGCGCUCUCGCCUCAUCGCUACGUACGCGGUCUGCGGGUUCGGCAACAUCGGCUCGCUCGGCACGCAGAUCGGUGUGCUCUCCCAGAUCUCCCCCGGCAGGAGUGGUGAUGUGUCGAGGCUCGCUGUCAGUGCGUUGAUUACCGGUGUCAUAUCGACCUUGUCGAGCGCGAGCAUUGCUGGGCUGCUUGUUACGGACCAGGCUGCGUUCACCAGUGUUCCUAAGAAUGAGACGAUGACAUAGUUAUGCGAUAUCCGAAUGAUUGAGGAGGCAUUUAAAAUCCAGAUUUAGCGGGUUCUGUAACACAUGAGUUAGACUUCAUUUACGCUUCUUGUUGUUGCUUGUGGU